AUGGCCAUGAGAAGACCCCAUCUACGGUUACUGCUGCCCCUCGUCCUGCUGGCCGCCUGCCUGGGUCUGGCUAGUGGGACACCAUGGGCCUAUCUGGAAAACAGAUUCAGGAGGCACCACGUGGAUUUCCCACAAAGUUCAGCUGGCUUCCUCGACAACUACUGCGAUAAUAUGAUGUGGAGACGGAGAAUAGAUGGGACAUUAAUCAACACCUUCAUCCAUGCACCCAUGCGAUCUAUCACGCGUGUCUGCUCUGUGGGCGGAAUACACGUUUCAAAUGGCCUACGCAAGAGCAUUUUUCACUUCACUGUCACCACCUGCAGAUAUAACCCAUACACUAACUCUUACACUAAGGAAAACUAUUCCCGGCACAUUGUCAUCGGCUGCUGGAAUCUGCUCCCUGUGUUCUAUUUGGAGUAG